GACAGGACAGAUUUCUUUCUUGCGGAAGAGAGAAUUUUUAAUCAGUCGUAAUUAAAUAUUAUGUUUAUUUAAUUCAUUAUUUUCAAUUUUGUAUUUUCCACUGCCAUUCAAAAAAGUUAAAACAUUAUAGACAUCUAUCUGGUGAGAACUUUCUUCUUGAUCAGUCAAAUGAGGCAGUUUACUCAUCAACCUAUAGAAUACUCUUGUAGGCUUACAUGAGAUAUAAAAAGCCACCUUGUAUAUAUGAGUCAAGCGACAGAGUGAUGCAGUAAUAGCCUACAAUGUUCUCACUCAUAUCCAAAUUGCUUGGACUGUUGGCAGUGGUAAAUGGGAAUAUAGUAGUCUACACACCGGACACACCACAUUUGAUAGAGGAUGAGUUCCGCGACAUACCCGCUAGCUUCGGACCGGACCUGCCCCUGGAAGGUCUGCGCGGGUUUCUGGUGGUGGGUGACCCGGCAGACGGCUGCGGCAAGCUCGCCCCCCCUCCCACCGCCGACAAUUUCACCGACAGAUGGAUCGUACUUGUCGGCAGAUACAAUUGCAGUUUUGAGGUGAAGGUGCGUAACGCGAUGACGGCCGGUUACGACUGCGCCAUUGUGCACAACGUUAACUCAUCAGAUUUAGAGACGAUGUCCGCGAAGAACCCUGAGGGUAUCGACAUUCCCUCUGUGUUCGUGAACGACGUCGCCGGCCGGCAGCUAGCCGAGAAAUACGUCUACACUAAGGGGUACUAUAUAAUGGUGAACGGCGAUCUUCCGUUCAACAUCAACACGCAUCUGUUGUUACCGUUCGCUGUUGUGGUCGCUCUCUGUCUGGUCGUCAUACUCAUAUUUAUGAUAGUGAAGUGCAUCAAGGACAGGAGGCGGGCGCGUCGUCACCGGCUCCCCAACAGAUCGCUGAAGAAGAUUCCGACGUGCAAGUUCAGUAAGGGCGACCCGUACGAGACGUGCGCGAUCUGCCUCGACGACUACCAGGAGGGGGAGCGGCUGCGCGUGCUGCCCUGCGCACACGCGUACCACGCCAAGUGCGUGGACCCGUGGCUGACGCAGAACCGUCGCGUGUGUCCCGUGUGCAAGCGCCGCGUGCUCACCGUCGGCGAGCGCGAGCCGCGCGCCGCACGCGACUCCGACGACUCCGACGACACCGACCCGCUGCUCGACGACCGCGACCCCGCGCCCACGCAGGGGGGCACGUUCGAGCAACAACGCGAGAACCCUUUCCAGCGCGCGGCCCGCAUGAUGGCGCGGCGACUGCGCGGCCGUGACGAGCCAGACGACGACGAGGAAAGACCACGAAUACAAGAAUCUGUUCCUGCCAACGACGAGAACGGAGAGGGUCGAUCAGAUGACACGGCGCCGCUGUUGCCGCCGGUGGCCGCGCGCGCCGUGUCCGAGAGGCGCGCCAGGCGAAACGCAAGACGCACGCGCUCUCGCUCGCACCCCGCGUCCGCCCCCGCCCCCGCCCCCUCCCCCUCCCCCUCCCCCUCCCCCGCGUCCGCCCCCGCGCCCGCGCUCCUCCGCUCCGAGGGAUCCAUCAACACGGAGCAACACGCACAGAUAGGUGUGGCAGCGUUACCCGCGCAACGUGACUCAUCACCCCAUCACCUCCAAUUAUGAAUGAACCCGAGCAUCAUCACCAGACCUUCUAUCUGCUGAAUGCAUCGGUGAAACUAAGUGUUAAAAGACGGUACCAACAAAUUGAUAAAUCAAUUGGCUUCGUCACCUUAAAAGGUUGUACGUGAGGUGAGUGAGCCAGUGAUAAGUUAUUCUUCCAAUUAUGUACAUUUUAAAGUGCAUUGCAUUAAAUAAUACUAACUUGUGAUCGAAACAGGAAUAACUUUGGUUCGAUCUAUGAUAAUACAUGAAUUACAUCACAGAAUUAUAUAGUCCGAAAUUCAGUUUGAUUCCUAGACAACUAUAUAAGUCGUUUUAAACAUUAUAUAGUAGAAAUUGUAGUCUCUUUCUGUGUAUAUGUCACACCCUAUGUAUAUUAGGAACAAACUAACUCAACACCAUAGUUUUUAACGGUUACACAGGAGAUUUCUGAACAAACUUUUAUCAGUCCUGAAAAACCAAGCCAGUACCCCAAUUAACUAUGAAUUUUUAUUCCGACUAUAACAUGAAUUAAAAUUUAAGAGUUUCCAAACUUGUUCUUCAAAUACAUUAUUUUGUAAUCUGGGAAUCAAAUAGGUAUUAAUAAUUUAAAUUUUCGAUACAGUAUAAUUAAAAAUAUUAUAACAGAGUGGUGGCGAAAUAAAAGUUUUAAUAUCUGACUGUAAAUAUAUAUUAUUUGUUUAUAAAUAAAGACACGCCUUAGCUUUUUUUUUGUUUAAUAGGUUACAUGAAUAUAAUAAAUACAUUGUUAUAACAAAUUAAUUAAAGGUGUGAAUUUGUAUUGAAGUGUAAACCGUAUUAUGUGAAAUUGUAUAGUUAUAAUUAAUUAUAAGAUAUGGCAGGAUCGGGAGUUUUUAAUGCUAUGGUGCAAUAAUAAGUGUUGCAGUGGCAGCCUAAUACUAAAUUACGACGUUUUAAUAAAAAUAGGCCAUAUUGAAAAAAAAUGCAUUUUUUUUUCAGGGGCUCUUAAUGUGAGUUAUGUUAAACUAAUGAAACACUUUAUAGCAAUAUUAUAGUCUCGAAAUUAGUGUACUAAUAUUUAAUAAUAAAAUACAUGUUUAUUUUUGUUCUAACAAGAAUUUGAUUAGGCAGCUGCCGUUAAUUCGUGGAUAGCGACGUGUAAAAUCAUUCAAGGACACGUGAACGUCCUUUUAGAGUAACUAACGUAAGUUUAAAAUUGACCAUUAUAUUG